UCGGCAUAUUCGAAGAGAUAGAGACUCAGUCAAAGCACGUCGUCAUCAAGCGCGAACUAAUCGAUCAAACAGACUUAGAACUACUUUGAAACUGUUCAGACGCUUAGAUUAGUCAAACCGACAAAACACGAAUUUUAAGUGAUUUUCAUCCGUGUUCAUAGACAAAACCAGAUCGCGAUGAGCAGCAGUUACGGAAGACCACCGCCAAGAAUCGAUGGAAUGGUAUCGCUAAAGGUCGAUAACCUUACUUAUCGAACAACUCCAGAUGAUUUGCGUCGUGUUUUUGAGAGAUGCGGUGAAGUCGGUGAUAUUUACAUCCCGCGAGACAGAUAUACUCGGGAAAGUCGUGGUUUUGCAUUUGUACGGUUUUAUGACAAACGUGAUGCCGAAGACGCGCUUGAAGCCAUGGAUGGGCGCAUGCUUGAUGGCAGAGAAUUGAGAGUUCAAAUGGCACGCUAUGGUCGUCCAACAUCACCGCAAACUCGCCGGGGCGGACGAGAUCGUGAUCGUCGCGACAGAGACCGAGGCGGUCGACGUGAUAGACAACGUAGCCGUUCUCGCGAAAGGGGACGUCGUGAUAGAAGCUAUUCACGUGGUCGCCGUUCAGCUUCUAGAUCUCGCUCCAGAUCGGUACGCUCACGUUCCCGCGGGCGUUCAGAAUCGCCAAUUAAGCGACAUUCGCUCAGCCGAAGCCAUAGCCGUAACCGUUCGGUUAGCCGCAGCCGAAGCAUUUCACGUAGUCGCAGUCGCGACUAAAUUCAUCAUGACAGCUGGCACCAAUAUAAGACACUUUGGAAUUGUCCGCAAUGGAAUUCAAAAUAGUCAAGGCCACUUGUUCCGGCUUAGCAGUUAAUUGCAGUCUGAGCAGAAUCAAUCAGUGUCAGAGUGACAGAUGAGAGAGAGAAAGAGAGAAAGAGAAAGAGAGUCAGAGAAAUGAAAGGCGAUUUAUGUGAUAUGUCAAAUAGAACACGAUUCAGAGCUUCGUAUGCACAUCGCGCUGUUUCAGAGUAGAGUUGAAGAGGGUUUUAAGAAUAUGGGGCAGAGAGUCGUAAAAUGUUUAGGUGAUAUCGCAAAAUCGAGGCUGCAUUGAUUCGAUGUUGGUGUGUGCGGGGUGCAUUGCGUUCAAAAAGCAGUUUUCAAAGAGCUCAUAGCAUGCGUGCCUCGCGAUUUGCCACGAUUACAAAUACACAAUACAUAUUGGCACUAUCACUGAUAGCAGACACACACAUACACACACACAUACUAUAUCUUUCGGUUUAUACGGUUGUUUUUGGCAUGUGAUUCGUGUGCCGGCAUUUGAAACUUAAAAAAUGCCAAUGCCAAACAAUCUGUAUAUAAAAUUCGGUCAAAAAAAUCAGCGUUCGCGGUGUGUGUGUGUGUGUUUGUUUGUGGGUGGGUGUUUCUUUUGGCGUUUUGUGAGCUGGUGAACAAACGACCUGAUUUGCUGCACACAUAUUGAUCCAGAUCAUGUUCCGGGCUCAUAUUUUCAAGUACCAUACACAAUAUAUUCAAACUGCUGGCAGAAUUAUAUAUAUAUAAAUGCUGUGUGGUGCGCAACAACAUCCAAGUUGUCGACGAAGCGGUUAAGUUUAUUUGUUGUCACAAACAAACAAAGAAAAUGAAACCACCCACGAUUUUAAUUUUCCGAAUUUAUUUCAUCAUUUAUUUUUUUGGUUUCCUUUUUUAAUUAUUGAAUUUUAUACCAAUUUUGAGCGUGAUUUUCAUAGAAAAAGAUCGUCAGUUACAAAUCGUUCACCGCAUCUCAAAGCAAACAAAGUAAUUGCGAUCUUUUACACCACACACAUAAAAUCCCAAUCCCAAUUUCACUGCCAUUUUUUAUACCAAACAAUUAUAUAUCCCAACUCCGCUCGAAAUUCAUAUUUUUAUACCGUAAAUGAUGUCAAAACCCAAUAAAAAGGAUGAACCGAUACAGACCGAGUCUGUGUCAUGCCCAACGGCACACUUCAUUCUCAAUGACUGAACACAUUUUCGCAUUUCGAUGAAUGUAUACAUGAUGACAAGACUGAAAAACUCACUUUUUAAACAUACAUUUUUUUUCACAACAAACUAAUUUAAUCUUAUUUUGUACAUAUGUUUACCUCUAUCCAAGCCACAAGUUAAAUUUACAACGAACUAUUUUUUUGAAAUU